AUGGCAGCCUUUUGGCUGCUCCUGGGCCUUCUCGCCCUAAGCACAGGAAGCGGUGCCAAUGGUCCCUGCGAAGCGUCUCUUGGAUCAAGUACCGUCGAUGUCAUUCGCACCAGCACGACAACCAGGAAUCAAACGAUAACCAUAACCGACAAAAUUAUAAUUCAAACUGUUCCUCUCAACAUCACCAAGUCUAAAACCCGACCGACUUGGUUACCCGUGACCGACAAGACCAUCAGCACUGUGGGUAUCACUACGACAACGACCAUCAGAGCGACAUUCACGAAGCUUGUUACCGUGACUGCAAACCCUGGAGCCAAGAUAGCUACUAUCACAGUUACCAAGCCAAGCUUUGUCAACCGAACAGAAACCAUGACCAAGACAAAGACCAAGAGGAAUACGAUCACAACCACGACAUAUUUUGCCACGACGAUCGGUAGACGGCCCGGCUUUACCGCCAUUAGAGAUAACAUGGAAAGGAUAUCUUCUGAGUUUGAGGAUAAAACUUCAACGGUCGGGUUAGACGCUAAGCUGUUCUCACAUACUCUGUCAGUAAUAUGCACUGAUAAUAUGCCGAUAAAGAAGACUGUGACCACCACCAGCUUCGGAACGCAGUCAACAACACUUUCUAAGCCUUCUAUUGCGACAUCCACAGUGACGGUCUGGACGACUAUCAAUGAGACUCAAUAUCCUCCUGGCCUUGCUAGCACGGUGACUACUACUGUUUAUCCCAUCCAGACGGCAGUUAUCAACGCCACCAAAACUGUCACCGUUGAUGAGAAGGUCACGCUGGAAAGACAAAUUCCCCAGGAAACGCACUACCAAGUCUGCGAUGCCGGCAGUUCCAACUACCUCUCCUGGGCGCCAGGAGAUAAUCCGUCAGACAAACGCAUGAUCAAGGAAUUCUCGCGCCAAAACCACGAAGUAAACCCCACCGAAAUCAAAGUCAGCGACGCAAUCGCCUGCUGUAACGAGUGCAUGAAGCGCAAAUACUGCCGCAUCAGCUUCUGGGGAAGACCCCCCGGCACAAAACGAGAAGUGCCGCACUCGUGCUAUAUAUACCUUACCAUCAACAUCCGGCAGUGUAUGGAUGGGGCGCAACCGCUGUACGCAAGGUACUUGGCCGACCGGCAGGUGUUGGAUCCGAUUACUGCGCCGUGGUUUACUUUCAGCAAUGGGCCGUGCGGACAGUUGAAGUUUGGGGGGGUUAAAGACGAUAAAUGGCAUAAGCCGAUGAAGCAUGAUGGUUUUGAUAUCUGGAAUAGUAUGGACGAUGAAGGUACACCAUAG